AAAUCCUUUACGAGUUGCCACGAAGAACGACAAUGAAGCUUCUUCUCCUCUCUGUCCUCUUCUUCCUCCUCCUCCUCGUCUCUCCCUCCGCCUCCUGCAACUCAAAUGACGAAAAAGCCCUUCUGCAGAUCAAAAAAUCCCUAAACUACCCACCACUCCUCUCCUCAUGGACCCCCAAAACCGACUGCUGUACCAAUUGGACCGGUGUGGAAUGCACGCGCCGCCGCGUUACUUCCCUCACAGUCUCCAACGGAAAUAUCUCCGGCGAGAUAUCUCCGGCGAUCGGAGGCCUCCCUUUUCUCCGGACCCUUGACUUCAGUUUUCUCUCUCACCUCACCGGAAGCAUCCCUCGCACCAUAACCAAUCUCAAGCACCUCGAUACUCUUCGGUUAAGGAAUACGGAUCUCUCCGGUCCGAUUCCGGAUUUCAUCAGCGAGCUCAAGGAAGUCACGUUCUUGGAUCUCUCCUUUAACCGGUUUAGUGGUUCGAUUCCCGGUUCACUGUCCCAGAUGCCGAAGAUUGAAGCCAUACAGAUCAAUGAUAACAAGCUUACCGGUUCUAUACCGGAAUCGUUCGGCUCUUUCGUGGGAAACGUCCCGAAUCUCUACCUGAUGAACAACCGACUUUCAGGAAAUAUACCGCAAUCAUUAUCAAAAUACGACUUCAAUGCUGUGGAUCUGACGGGGAACGGAUUCACGGGAGAUGGUUCGAUGUUCUUCGGACGGAACAAGACGACCGUGAGAGUGAACCUGUCGAGGAACAAGUUCCACUUCGAUCUAACGAAGGUGAAAUUGGGAAAGAGCUUACUGUCUUUGGAUCUCAGCCACAACCAAAUCUACGGGAAACUGCCGGCUGGCCUGACCAGUCUCAAGCUCGACUAUUUCGACGUCAGCUUCAACCGCCUCUGCGGCCGCAUUCCACAGGGCGGGAAGCUUCAAACGUUCAAACCCUCUGCUUAUUCCCAUAACCUCUGUCUCUGUGGCCCUCCUUUGAAGGGUUGCUAGCUCGGCUCUGUUGGCCCGCUAUCCCGACCGCGGUCACAUAGCCGAGUUCUAUGCCACGAUGAAAACCGUACGUGUAAUGAAAUGGCUCUCUGAAUGUGUGUCGAUACACGCAUUGGGAUGAAUAAAUCUUGUUAGUUAUGAUAGA